UUUAUUAUGCUGUAAUUGAAUAGUUUAAAAUGGUGGAAGGAUUAAUUAUAAUAGUGUAUGUACUGUUUUGCUCAUAACUGCUACUUUUUAUAUUGUGGUAGUGGUAAUGUUGUCCCAAAUUGAAGUUUCUCUAUUGUCAUUAAAUUGGGAGAAAAAAGUUAGACUUUGUAGCUGACCACUCUUUCCUGUUCUUGAUCAGAGAAGGCCUGUGGUGGGCAUCAGCUCAGUACCAGCUAUGCUGCUCAAGGAUCUGCGUCGGCGUGUGACGCCUCUCUCCGAGAAUGAAGAUUUGAUGUUUUUAGGCCUUUCGAGGGGGUGCCCACCAUCUCCAAGGUUACCUUCAUCCGUGCUCUUCCCUGAAAUUUCCCAUGUUGAUUGCAGGUUUGAUAUUCGUGGCUGCGAAGGUUGGAAGGCUCGAAGCCCUUCAGGCUUGUCUUGCGUCAAUCCCUUUUCUGUCGCCUUGAGGGUUCCCAGUGAUCAUGAGUUUGUGGAGGGGCUUGCAGACCCUCCUUCUAAGGUUUCUCCUACGUUACCCCGGGAUAAGCUGCUGACCCCUAGGGUUAGGGGAAGACCAAAGAAAGUUGAGAAUAGAGGAAGGAAGAGAAAGACUCCUACUGAGAGCUCUAAUGGGAUGACAAUAGCGGAUGGAAUAGCUGUUGAUUCUGGUUCGAGAGGGAAGGAGCUGAUGGUCUUGCCGAAGGAGUUCUCAGAGCCUUAUGGCGUUCUUACUAGGGCGAGAAGUAAGCUUCUAAUGGGGAAGCGUUGUGGUAUGAAGUAUGACUGCACAGAUGACACUGCACUUUACUAGAUGGCGGCCCAGAUCAAUGCAUGCAGAUCUCCUUUGGGGAACUGAGGUAGUUUUUUGGUUGGUGGUUGUUUUAUUGAGGGGCUUUUGGGCUUGUGGAUGUUUAGGAUUUUUGGGGGUUUUUCUGUAGGCUGGGGGUUUUAUCGUUUCCUUUUCCUCUUGGAUUUUUCUGGGUUGGUGUUUGUUCUUUCUUGGCGGGGUUGUCAUUAGUGUUAUUGGCUUUUUGAUGUCUUUUGAGGAGGCUUGUAUAUAGGCUUGUAUAUCCUGGAUAUUUCCCUCAGUUAUAAUGAUAUUUUGCUUUUGGAAAAAAAAAUAGUUACUUUACAAACAUCAGUGCUCUAAAUUAUGCAAAAGGAUAUCAGGUUGUGAUUUAGAAUGGUGGAUUCUA